GCGAGGCUAGACCGUCUCAUUUCAGUUCGGUUCUUGGACUUUUGAGGCUGCGUGCUUUGAAAAACAAGUCCUCGUUUUUAAAUCCGCGACCUAAGAAGGUUGUAGCCCCCGAAUUGGGACACAGCCAGUGGCUCAAAUCCAGUGUCACCACUCUUGUUUUAUAGCUUAUUCAUUCAGCUGUGACAGACAUCAAAACAAUUAUGGGCUCUGAAAGUAAAUCUGGAUAUAUUAUUUGCCACUUGGACAGUCUUCUAAUAAGGUAAAUACAUUUACUUUUACAUGUACAGUAUGCCUGUUUUAAGUGACUUGAAGGUACAAGUUUUAUUUUCUGUAAUGCCUGGGAAGUGAACCAACAACCUUUUGUAAGCGCAAUGCACUACAAGUUGAGCUACAGGAACACUUUUUUUUUGUCCUAUUCUCAUCGGAUUGAAAUUAGACUUAACAUGUUUUCCUUGUUUUUCAACAAUGGCAGCUAUAUGAAAUGUCUUGAGGAUCAUACUAAAACAAAACAAGAAAAUAUUCCCAAAACUCUCAGUGCUAGUCUGGUUAACAUUCACCUGUUCGGGGAUUAUGUACAAAAGGCAGAAAAUCUGUUCCCAGAGGAGACUAAAACAGCAUGUUUAUCCACAAUAGCAAACGUCAAAACAAUUUGUCACAAAUAUUUUCUCAGUCGAAUUCACACCGAUCUAAAGCCACUGUACCGUAAGAUUUGGACUCAAGCCUGGUUAGCAGACCACGAUGACGUAAUACAGGGGCUGGUGAAAGAGCUUGAAAAUCACAUAGAUAAUCUGAAACAGCUGAAGCCUGUCUGCCGUGAGGAACUUGUGGGCGAGCUGCAUGUUGAAGUAAUGGUCGAGUAUGUGAGGCGAAUGAUGAAGAGAAAACUGAAGCUGAGAGAGAAAUCAAAGCAGGAACAAACUGCAGAUUUAAUGUGCAAAGACAGCCAAAUAAUCUGCUCUGUGUUUGCCGAAGCGGGGUCAAAAGAGGAAUGGCUUCCUGAAAUACUGCCAAAGUUAUCUGAGAUUCUGAGGCUUCAGGACCCUGGGAGUCUACAACUUGAGAUUGUCAGUCUAGUAAAAGACUUUCCUGAUUUGAGUGAGCAGCAUAUUCUCGCUGUCUUGAACCUGAAGACCAACCUUUCGAGUUCAGAUCUGCGCAAGAUCAAAGGGUGUUUGAGGGACAACAGGAGCAUUCUGAAUGCUGAGUCUUCAUCUUCCUUCUUUUCUAAAGUAAUUGUGAAAAAGAAAAUCCUAUAAGUGCCUUUAUCCACCUUUUUUUUUAUUAUUAUUUUUUAUCCACCUUAUUUUUUUAUUAUUCUUUUUUUAUCCACCUUAUUUUUUAACGUGGAAGAAAACGAUGUGACGUACUUGUCUUGAAACUUCUGUUUUAUUAGCUGGCUAGUGGAAAACAAUGGAAGUGGUGUCGCAGGAGCAUGCUCAAAACACUGUAAAAACAGCUCAGGUGAAUAUUUUUCACACCCCCGAUGUAUUAUAGUGGGAGGAUGAAGUGGCCUGAUAUAUCAUAUGAAGAUAUAUUCAAUUAUUAGUUGACGGGUCUUCGAUGCGCAACUAACGCACUACAUUUACUUCGUUACAUUUACUUGAGUAACAUUUAGGAAAAUAUGUACUUUUAAAGUAAAAUUAAAAGUCGGUACUGUAAGAUAUUAAUUUUGUCUAGGUUGAAAGUCGUAGUCAGUCAAUGGAACACCCAGAAGCUCUGGAUCCAGGGACCAAGAAUGAGUGAACUGCACUUCUGUGUCUGUGUCAAAGUCAAAUGUUUAUUGAGGACAUGUCCAAUAUAUAGGAAUAAAUGAGGAAAUGAUGUAAUGCUCUGACCCAGACACUUCGGUAGAUGGAAAAUCAUGAAACAUAAAUGUUAGUACUUUUUGCUUAGGUUAGCAUUAUGUGAGUUCUGUGUUCUCUAUAUCUGGAACAUCCUGAUACUGGUACAGCCACUUCAAGUCGUAAUUCUCAGUGACACUUAUAAGUGAUCAAUAACAUAAACAGGAUAUAGCAUAAAACUAUGUGGAAUACCAGGUGUGGGACACAGGCAAAACCUAAAAUCUCACAGGUAAUUUUACUCUUACUUGAGUAUAUUUCUAAUAGAAAAUCUGUACUUUUACUCCGUUACAGUGCGUGACGUUCCUUCGUUACUUCAUUUUAAAAUAUGCAUUUUAAAAUGCGUUGUUUAUUUCAAAGUUGUCGUCUCUUUUCACUGUUGCAUUCCCGAGUGAUUGAUUCUUUUGAAAGCAUUAAUUGAACAAUGGGCAAAACCGUCUGAUUAGGUUCACGAAUCAGUUCAAAUGAUUUGUUCAGCGAUCUGAAUCACCUGAAACGGCGGGUGACUCACUCCUCGUAGCGGGAAACAACAACAUGCAGAACACAAAGAGCGUUGGACAAAGGGGAUAUGAAUCUAUAUCAAACCAAAACUGCAAAUGCGUUAUGUUUGCCAGCAAUGAUAAAUGCCCGCCAUAUGCGCGCGCCUGCCCGCGCGACCUUUUCGUCAAACACAGCAACAUACGCGCGACCUGUUAGACACAGAGAUGUGGGCUUGCAGAAAUAUACAUUUGAAGAAUAGAAGAAAGGAAACUUGUUGAUGGGCGUGUGGUUCACUGUUUACUGUUUGUUUACAAGUAAGAGCUUUUCACCACACACAUGUGACAACAUGAGAAAACAUGAGUUUUGUCUGAAAUCAGUUUGUAUUUCAUAUUAGAGAGCACUGCAGAUGUUCUAGAUCAUCUUAGGAAAUGCUCUGAGUUUAGUUUAGUUCAUUGUAAACGCAAAACUCUGCAGGUUCACUUUAGUUUGACAUGGUCUAUUAUUCUACAUACUGUUGUGUAAGCUACAUUGACAUUGGAACUAGAUGAAAUUUAAAGAAAUGCUUGUCUCUUCUGUGUUCGUCUGUUAGUCUCUCUGUGUGUGUAUUGCAAAGAUAUAUGCUUAUGAUAAGAACAAUAAUUAAAAAUAUUUAAUAAAAUAUCAUCUUAAAAUAUUGGUAUUAGUAAAAGAUAAUUUUAUGAAUAGUAUUUAAUCAGAUACAAGGUAACUAGUAACUAGCUAUUUGAGUAGUUUUUUCAUUUUUACUUUUACUCUAUUGCAAUGUCUUUAAAAUUACAUUUCAUGCAGUGUGUAAUGUUGCUGUGUGUGAAUGUAUGUAUGCGUAUUGGCUUGGGAAAAAAGGAGUCGACUCUGAAUCACGCGAACGAGUCGUCUGUCAUUCUAAUUUCAGUUCCGGGUCAUAUUUGCGUCACGCCGUGUAAUUCUUACUAAUCUCGUGUAAUAUUUACCAAUCUCACAGCAGACUAGACCAUCUGACCAAUCAGAUCAGAGUGGGCUGACCGAAAGAAACGGAUUAGACAGUUGAGAGUCAGUCAAGAAGUAAGGUAACAUUAGGCUUGUUCGAGAUGGACAAAUUCUGCUAAGAAUCUAUUAAAAGUGAUUCAGCGCAAGAUGCAUGCCGGUUAGAAAUGUGUCCGAGUUACGUCCGCCUUUCUCUGAUGUCAUGCUGACGUGUGCCAAAAAACUCUCGCAGGGGCAAGCGGCCUGGCCGAAAUCCGCAGGCCAGCGCAGUUGCUUCCCCCGACUGCGUUGAUGAAAAGCACGAUGGGAAACGACUUGCUAUCGACACAGCUUAAAUGCUCAAUUGGCGAGAAUGUCAGCUGAUAUCUUUUUGCUUAAGUGUUCCAUUAAUAAGUCCAUUAACCGAAGUAGUUUUUUGUGUGUGAUUUAUAUGUGGAAAAACACACCUCUGUGAAAUAUAUUGUCCUCAUAACCACCUUCACGUAGAAGCAGUGGCAACUGAAUUGCAUCGAUUUCAUCUGCGAUAAAAAGCGCUUUUUUAUUAAAGUAGGCUAUAACAAAAACAUUACAAAACAGUAUACAGUUUACAUUCAAAAACAUCCAUUUUAAGAGGGGCUAAGACAAGAAAAAAAUAUAAAAGAUAAUACAAACCAAACAACAAAGACAAAAAAGAAAGAAAAAAAAUCUAAAAUUUCAAUCCAUCCAUAUGAAUAAAUACAACACAAGAAAUUAUCAUUUAUAUUAUCGAAUAAGUCUAACAAAAUUCCAGCUUUUUAUUAUUUGCUUAAGACAGCGUUUUUGAAUAUUGUCCCAAAUAAUUCUUAAAUACUAUCAACAGGGUGAUUUAAAAAUUACACUUGGAAAUAAAAUUCUAAGAUAAAAAAGUAAGUUAUUAAUAAAUAAAAAACCUUCAACCUCCUUUUUCACAGUUUCCAUAUUUAAUUUUAUAUAAACGACAUGUUAAAUUUAACCACAAUUAUUGUACUUUGUCCAGGAAUGAUAGAAACAUAUGCUCUGAAAGAAAAUAUGCUCUGUGGUUUCUGGAAAUGAGUUACCGAAUUUACACAAUAAUAAACUCUCCAGAAGGAUAAAUAUCACAUACAGUUUUUAAAGGAAUUUCUUAGAUUUUUGGGAUAAACUGGAAACUUUAAAUAGGAUGUAUGUUUAAGCAUUCGUUUGUCAAAGUAAAGAUCUAAAUUCUUUCUUUCAGACUUGACUGGCUGAGACUUUGUCUAAUAUAUUUUAUAUAAUAUAAUUUCUCGCUUUUAAACUCAGUUGCGAUAAAAAAUGCGAACACGAUCUAUUCCAUUGCUGACGUUUCCAGUCGACUCGACAGCACGAUUUGGGAAGUGUCCUGUGCUGUUUUCACUCCUCCCCUUACUGCAGCCGCCUGCUCACGUCUUCUUUUCAUGCGCGGCAAGGCGCAUCUCGAACAAGCCUAUAACUGCCUAUUAUUAGAAAAUGAAAGUGUUUUUACACCAUUUAUGUACGUAAACUUGUUGUUGGACACUCCAUAAUCCAAAGUAGGACCUUAAAAAUCACAAAAUAUUUACUCUCUAAGACUGUCAUCAAAAACUAUAGAUGUUCAGUAUAUACUAUUUAUAAAUAUUUAGCUGUAUAAUGUCUAUUAUAAAAGUAUGUUCCUCAUGAACUUCCAUGAAGAUUCUAGAAUUUUUUUUCUUGUUUGUCAACAUGUGUACACUACUGGUUUAGGAACGUUUAUGAUCACCCACUCAUUCUGUAUUAAUAUUUUUUUCUUUAUUAAAUAAAAGUAAACUCCUCAAAACUAUUGAAUAACACAAUUUAACUGUGUUGUGACUAAAGCAAUCCAAAAAUAAACCAAAAAAUAUUAUUUUUAGCAUCUUUAAAGCUGUAACCUUUUGCCUAUAUCUUGAAAUAUUGAAUUCUUGGCAUUAUAUCAACCUUAACCCUGCAAUGCUUUUUAAAACUAAAUAAAUUCCUAUCUACUUUGA